UGUUUUUUUAACGAGGUUCAUCUUAUUUAAAGAAAAAUUAAGUUUUCCAUCUGCUAUUAGAGGAGCUAGCCAGUGCAUCGCUGAGGCCUGCAAGGAGCUGGCAACCGCCUACGAGAAUGCAGUUAUAGAAAGACUGAGAAGAUUUUUGCAAUAUCAAAUUCAAAUUAUGUUUGUUCCCAUGGCUCCGAAGGACGUCGAUGAUAUUGUUAUAAAAUAUGGAUAUCAGUAUGUAUGCCAAGGUGAAGCGGUGUGGCCUGAACAGAAAUCACUUGAAGACCCUAUGAUCAAACGAAGAAUCGAUGAACUAUGCCCGCCACUUAAAAACAAACUCGAUGCUAGAGUUAGUAUGAAAUCAUUAGCUGAUAACCCUGGCUUUUUUGUUCCUCUAUUGUUUCAUAUACUGGCUGUCUUUGAAAGGGAACAUCAGUCCCAUAAAGCGUUUGACGUUAGAAGACUUCCUUUACCAAGGCUGUUCAAUAUAUUCGCUUCACCAUCAUGCCAUUGGCGAUCAGUGAUAAUUUCGGUCAAUGCAUUAGCAGCAUUUCUUCCUGGUGAACCACUCCCCAGAGGGUAUAAUGAUCAGCUGCAUUUAUUUUACAAGGUGUUUGAUUUUAAACCGCUUAGAAUCAAAUCGAUUGAAUCUUUAUUACCCACUGGAACAAAUAAGAGGCUCUUUAGUAACCUGAUCAGAUCAGACGGUUUUUCUGUUGAUUUUUUUUUAACAAACGAACAAUCAGAAAAAAACGUUUAACCGAGCAAAUCAAUCAAGUUGAUCUGAUUCUGGAUGAUUUUGAGCAGCUGAAGUUGACAGCCACUAUUUACCAAUAGCCGUAGAUCUAGGAAGAAAAAGGGUUUUCACUGCAUUUGCUGGUUCAAGUGGUAAUAUUAACGACUUCAGACAAUGUUCCAUCAAGGAAUAUUACUACUUGACAGGCUCUACAAAAUUCUCAGCAGAGCAAGAAAAGAAAAAGAAAGCAUGCGGUAUUAAGACGAUUGAAACAAAUAUACCU